AUGGCUUGGGUGCUUUGGUCGGCCUUUAAGACCUUCGACAUCCAUGACGACGGGCAAAUCUCCAAGGAGGAGCUCCGUCAAGUGCUGCAGCGUGCAGACAUCACCCAGGUGUGGACCGCGAACGUGUGCGAGGAGGUGGCCCAGGAGGUGGUGCAGGUCUUUGGCAGCAGCGACGGCGACAGCAUCAACUUUGAGGAGUGGCUGGAUCUCAUGCGCGAGUGUUCGGCGAGGCACAACGAGGUCUCUCCCCGGCGCUUCUCGCAGAGCCUGGCUACGGUGCUCCAAGAUGCCCAGGCGUCGUUUGCACUUGGUGCUGCCGACGAGGAGAGCCAGGGCAGCCAAGAAGAGACGGAGGUAAAGGCCCUGAUGCCCAACACCGAGCCAGUCCCUGCUGCCAGUGCAAGAAGUUCAGGCGGCUACAACCCUAUGCUUGACAUGGACUGUUGUGGUAGCGGCCUGCGGAGGAUAUACCGCACCAUCAGUGGUCGACGGGAGAUACGAGAGACCAGGUGA